AUGGAAGGAGAAUUCCGCUUUGAGGACUACAUAAGGACCUGGUCACCUUCGCCGCCUCCCCAGGAUUCCCAGGUUGGACUACACAACUCAUCCGCCAACCCGGACGAAGGCCAUCCUACCAGCCAGGCCACCGAUCCCCAGCCUCCUACCAGCCAGGCCGCCGAUCCCCAGGUUGGACUACACGGCUACUGCGUCGACUCGGCCCAGGGCCUUCCUAUUACCCAGGCCACCAAUCCCCAGCCUCAUAUCAGCCAGGCUACCGAUCCCCAGCUACCUAUCAGCCAGGCUACCAAUCCCCAGCCUUCCAUCAUCCAGGCUACCAAUCCGCAGCCUCCUAUCAGCCAGGCCACCAAUCCCCAGGUUGGACCACACAACUCAUCCGCCAACUCGGCCCAGGGUCCUCCUAUCACCGCAGUCAUCGCAGGUAUACACCAAGGGUGGAUGGCGAGGUACCGCUCUCACGAAUCUGAAUUCAGAAGAGCACACAAUUCCAGAGAAAGAGCCUUCAUCUGUGCCUCACGCAGAACGGGCAGGGAUAUUUCUAUUCGGAUGCAGUCAGCCAGAAAUGCCUCGAAAUGCCACUAUUUUAAUACCGGACGCUGGUUCAAAUUCAACGAGGACGACGUCAGAAACUGCAGGGACUUCGAUAUCACUUUUGAGCUUCCUGCCUACUGGGAUGAAGAAAUUCAACCGCCCACAACCUGGAACUCGACUUGGCCACCACCGAAGUAUGCGACUGAUUGGGAUAUGAAGCCUACGCUUCCUCCGCCCAUUCCGCUUGAAGCUUUUCAAAAAAUGCAAGUCAAUGCGGAGAAUGUUGUACUGGCAGUCCGCGGUGGAAACCCCCGUCCCACUGGGCCACCUCCGGGUUAUGAAUUCGUAUAA